AUAAUUUCAUAUAUCGAUAACUGUUCUAUGUAAAGAUUAAAGUUUUAAAUGAGAUGAAUCAGCAAAAAUAAUUUUAUAAAACCGUAACUCGUCUAUAUAGAGGCAAUUGAUAGACAUAAGCAACGUGUCUGUGAUUUACAGGAUCAAGGUAUUCUCUUUAUAGAAAUAUGGUUGAUAAUAUAGAGUCAAGUUCUGAAAGGCUCAAAUACAAUAUUUAUGCAGCUGAUGCUAGUAUUCAUGACUCAGUAGAGGAGGAUCAAGGCACCAUUAAGGAGCAAGAUCGGUUGCUACCUAUAGCUAAUGUCAGCCGGAUAAUGAAGCAGAUCCUUCCUCCGAAUGCGAAAAUCUCUAAAGAAGCUAAAGAAACCACGCAAGAAUGUGUAUCAGAAUUCAUUAGCUUUGUUACUGGAGAAGCAUCUGAUAAAUGCCACAAGGAGAAGAGGAAAACAGUUAAUGGAGAUGACAUUUGUUGGGCUUUGGGAAGUUUAGGAUUUGAUGAUUAUGCAGAAUCACUCAGGAGGUAUUUGCAUAAGUAUAGGGAAGCAGAAGGAGAUAGGGCUAAUCAGAACAAAUCUUCAAACAAUGAAGAAAGGGAUUGAUAUAGUUCAAAACUUGAAGUGAAACCACUGUGAGGAAGCCUUCAGUCCCCACCCCACCUCACCCCACACCCAUCCAACGUCAGUGUAUUAUGAAUAGAAGUAUGCACCAAACUAAUAUAUUAGGUUAGGGGAUUUGUGCUUACCCCUUGGUUGAACUUUGAUGCAAAAUUUAUACUGUGGAAUUUUUACUGUUCUUUGCUUCUUUUUUGGUCCAGAAAUCUUGAAGGGAGUUCAGAUCUAUGACUCCAAAAAUUGCCUGUUUUUCUUACAAAUUUUAACUUUUGAUUACCUUAACCUGGAAACUAAUAAACCCUUGUGUUUCUGCAAUAAUUAGGCUAGUGAUUUUUGGGUUUGAUGUAAUAAGCUUGCAGUCUACAGAUAAUUGUGGGAUCUAUAUUCUCUAUGUUUCACUACAAUAAUUAAUUUCAAAUUAGGGUUUAUGUAUUACUGUUCUUGUCUAAUUUUAUCUGUAUAGUAUACUCUAUUGGCGUUUUGAUUCAAUUAAAGGCAACAGGAAUUAUGCUGAAGGUGGUAUCUUUGGUCAAGCUUGAUCAUGAUCAGGAGAUCGAUAUAGAAUAAAAGGUGAUUAAAGAUAUGAACGUAUAAAUUCAGGGAUUGUGUUCAACUAAUGUUGAAUUCAAACAUACAAAAGACACCUAGUGAAAUGCCCAGCGGCUGCUCCUUCAGGUAUUUUCAAUAUUUCCACAGUUUAGAUCCUAACUUAAUUGGACGCAAGAAAGAUUGUUUAAGCAUAUAUGAUUAAAUAUAUAUGAGAUCAAGUGUGCACACACAUGGUGUGUGAUUCAUAGGUGCGUACAAUUUGUCAUUCAUAUUUUGCGCGUAAAAAUGUUUGAAAUUCGAUCUAAAAAAAGGGAUUUGACUCACUUAAAGCAUAUAUAAAGGUUAUUACUGUUUGAACUAGUUAGAUGAGUUACAAUUUUUUUUUUUGAGAUUGGUUAUGAAAUAGAGUUAUGGCAGUACAAAAAUUCCUCAAAAGGAACAAAAAAAUUUCCUGUUUGAAACCCUAGAUACCAGAAACAGGAUUUUGUUGGUCUAGAAAUGCUUGG